UAUUUAUUUGUAUGAGACACCAUGCGUCAUGUGACGUCUAUCUGGAGUGAAGAAAAAAAUCCGAUAAUAAAAACAGACAAACCUCCCUCGGCUCUUGAUUAACCAACACCUGUGUGUUUACGGAGGGGGGGCGUUAGCAUCCGGUGAGCGAUGUCACCGUGCGUUUGAACGUAGUCAUGCUAACUGCUAACUGCCGAGUUUAGCCUGGGCUCGCGUGUGAACAUGGAGACUGGCAGCGUCAACGCAGAUCCUGUUCAGCGCCCCGACGCCAAUGGACGUUGCUCACAAUGGCGCAACUGGACGGGGUUUUGGCUCCUCGGGUUGUGCAACAACUUUGCCUAUGUGGUGAUGCUGAGCGCCGCCCACGACAUCCUCAAAAAACAAGAGUCAGGAAACGCCACAGCAUCUACUUCAACAACAUUGGCCGUGGAUUUCCAAGCUGGGAACAGCAGCAACAGCAGCCGCUAUGACUGCAAUCCUGUCUCCACUGCGGCUGUGCUGCUCGCUGACAUCCUCCCAACGCUCGUCAUCAAGCUCUCUGCUCCUUUUGUAAUCCACAAACUGCCUUAUGGUUUCCGAGUGUUAUUCUGUGUCAUCAUGGCAACGACAAGUUUCCUCCUUGUGUCCUUUUCGUCAGCUGUCUGGAUCAGCAUCCUGGGAGUGAUCUUUGCCAGUUUCAGCGCUGGACUAGGAGAACUGUCCUUCCUGUCUCUCACCGUCUUCUUCACCAGGGAUGUUCUCGGCGGUUGGGGCUCGGGUACCGGUGGCGCUGGUGUUGCUGGAGCCUUCCUCUACUCAGGCCUCACCCAAGUAGGCCUGUCCCCCCAGAUCACACUUCUCAUUAUGCUGGUGAUCCCAGUCGCUAUGGUGAUUAGCUAUUUCUUCCUGCUGGUUCCUCCAGCCUCACUGCCUCAGUGGAAAAGCAGGGGGGCGGAGUACGCUGCUGUGGGUUCGGAGGAGAGCCAGGGGCUGAUGGAUGGUUCCCAAGAGGACGAGCAGGAGAAAUCAACCCCAGUUACGGACAUGAUUACUGGGCCUCUCACCUUCAUAGAAAAACUGCAUGUCAUCAAAGGCUUGCUGAAGUUUGUGUUUCCCCUGGGACUGGUCUACUUUGCUGAGUACUUCAUCAACCAGGGCUUGAUGGAACUCCUGUAUUUCCCGGACUUUUUCCUGUCCCAUGCAGAGCAGUAUCGCUGGUACCAGACUCUGUACCAGGUGGGUGUGCUGGUCUCCCGAUCCUCCCUGUGCUGUGUGAAGAUCAGGAAACUGUGGGCUCUCUCUUGGCUACAGGUGCUGAAUGCAGUGCUGUUAUUAUUUGCAGUGCGUUUCCAGUUCCUGCCCAGUGCCUGGUUGGUGUUUGUGAUUGUCCUCUAUGAGGGUCUGCUGGGUGGAGCUGCGUACGUCAACACCUUCUACUUCAUCAGCAAGGAGAGUGAAGACAGACAUAGGGAGUUUGCCAUGGCGGCUGCCAGUGUAGGAGACAGUCUGGGCAUCGCUCUGGCUGGACUCGCUGCUUUCCCUGUGCACAGAUACUUCUGCUCCCUGUGACCCUGCCCACACACUGACCAGUAGGAUGAAUAAACAUAAUGUGGGUGGGUUCCAUUAAAGAAAAAAACAGAUUUAACCCUUAAAUAGUUCUGACUCUACAAACUCUGGGUUUUCCACAGAUUUUCAAAGGGCUUAGAUGCUGUCUGGGCUCCGGUGGCUGCUGCUGGUGGUGGUGGUUGGGGGAGUUUCUUUUUUCUUCUCUCUAGGUCCCUUAAGAUUUGAUUCUGAUUCAGAUGGCUAUGAGGCUAUUAUAAAAAGAUGCAUCGAUAUUUAGGGUAAGAUUUAUUUAUUUUUUAAAUAUAACAAGUUUUCAACAGUAAAGUCGCUACUAACUCAAUAAUCUGUCACUGGAAACAAAUCAAAAAUGUCAGUAAAAUAAAUAUCAUUCCUUGGUGGAGUUUAGAGAGGAUGAAUAAGACAGACGUGAGUCAGCUUCAGUCCUCUGUCCUCCUCCCUCUGCUGUGAUUCACUGUCUGCAGGUACUGCUGGUAGAGGUGAGGCCAUCUGCUUUCUCUCAGACUCCAGCUGGGUUCGCAAGAAUUUGGCUCAACAAACAGGCAACAUACAGACCGCUUUCACUGUAGCUUGAGUGUUAUCUUUUAAAGGAACACACAUUUUAAAAACAAAACAUAUGACAAUCAGAAUAUUUUUAUUUCAAUUACAUUUUAGUAGAGUUUCCUGAACAAAAGUGCUUCUGAAUGACAGGACACAGUAAACCAAUGUUUAUUGGUCUUGUCUUAUAGUUUGUAGUAGUAGUGAGCUAGUUAUAGUGAACGUCUGUGAGUUUACAGCAAAAAUUAAAUUGGAUCUGAACAAACACCAAACAACAGCACAAUAACUGACUUUAGGAUUUAUUAUUGUAUUCUGUUUGUUUAAAAAAAAAUAAUAAGUGGGACCUGACCUCACUACCUUUCAGAGCUUUCGUACUUAAUAAAAUGAUGGUAUAAUGGUAGUCAACCUCGAACAAAAUGUGUUUUGAUAAUUUAUCAUUUUAAAGGUUUUAUUUAUGUUUUAUACUGAUGCUGUGAGACAUUUAAUAUCUAUUAUUCCAUUUUAUUUCAUGUUGAUUUUGUGUCCUUACUUCUGGGGACACAGAUCAAGAGCUCAACCACUGAGUACUGACUGUUGUAACAGCAUAAUGUUUGCCUUAACACAGUUAUUUUGAACACAUAAAACCCUGCUUUAUUAAAAAGAAAAAAAUCCACCAUGAAGUUAGAAGCGCCUCAGUACUAAAGUGUUUUAUGAUGCUGUGUCCUUUGAACAUUGUUGAAUCAGGUGAUUGCUUAACUAGCUGACCUUUGGUGUUGCCUGGUCGUCACUGUUACUAUUAAAACAGUGAUUACUUCAGUGACCAGAAAUGUAAUGUUUCUACCAAUGUUUUUUUUUCAGAUGUGGCUAUAGGUAUUGUAUUUCACAUACAUUGUACUGAUCUGGGAAACAUUGUCCAGACACUGAAAAAUGGCAAUUAUUUUAAAAAGAAAUUAAGUCAGUGAAUUGAUACAAAACAAUAUGAACAGUUAUUAUUUUUAGUAUGUCCGGACUGUCAACAUUACCAGGGCAUUUUGCUCUGUUGUGCACUUUGUCUUUGCUUUUGUUUUGCUCAAGUUCUUCUAAUUUUUCAGUUUUUCCUGCUUUUUCAAAUGAAUUCAAGUUAAUCAUGUAAUAAUGAUCUAAGAACCAGCACAGUUGUAUGCAACUCGUGAUUCUGUUUGUCUCCCUAACACGUACCAGCCUGCACAUUCCUGCUGAACCUUUUAAAUGCCAACAUUUUACAUGAUUCUGCUGCUGUUGAAUUGUCACAACUUUGAUACAAUGUGAUGAUAUUGUUGUGAUCAUGUACUUGUUUGAACAAAUCUUUACAUGAUUAAAAUAUUUUGAUGUGUCCUAUUGCA